AUGUACACUGUGACCCAAGUAUACAUCCGCGCUGGUUGGACUACUGACGGCGGAGUUUGGAUUUGGAAGACUGCAAUAGGCGAAGCGAACAAGAAAGGUAGAGCAACCCUCCAAAACACCAGCAUGAUGGACGAGCGGUGCGAGUUGAUUGAAAAACUAUGUGGCGUCUGUUACACCGACCCCAAAGCUUGUCCAUAUCUCAACCUCCCUUGGUGGAGGAGUCGGAGUUUCAUGGUUCAAGGAGUGUGCUAUCCCCAUCUCACUGUACGCAAGACAGAUGACCACUUCUAA